AUGAAGAUCAUCAUAAAGGAAUCGAGCAUGAUACGCCCAGCAGAAGAUUUGCCUAAUCAGCAUCAAUGGCUCUCUAAUUUAGAUCUAUUGCAUGAAAGAAACCACGUUCCUACAGUGUACUUUUACAAGUCAGAUAAGUAUCCCAAUUCCUUGGAAGCUAAGGCACUUAAGGAGGCUUUAAGCAAAGUUCUUGUGCCAUUUUACCCAGUGGCCGGGAGGUUAGGAAGAGAUGACAAUGGUAGGCUUGAAAUUAAUUGUAAUAAUGAGGGAGUGUUGUUCAUAGAGGCUCAAACGGACUCUGAAAUAGAUGACAUUGGUGACUUGAUGCUCAAUGUGGAAAUUCCUCAACUCAUUCCUUCAGUUGACAAUUCACAAGGCAUCUCUUCUUUCCCACUUUUUGGUGCACAGGUAACUACGUUUAAAUGUGGUGGACUAUCUCUUGGACUUCGAUUUCAUCAUACAUUAGCAGAUGGUUUUGGGGCUCUCCAUUUAAUCAACACAUGGUGUGAUGUUGCACGAGGACUCUCCAUUACCACACCACCAUUCAUGGAUCGGACCAUUCUCCGCUGCCGAGUCCCACCAACCCCGAAAUUUAAACACAUUGAGUUUGAAAAGCCACUUCCCAUGGACUCUCCCACUCAAAUCGACACAUUACAACAAAAUUGUAUUGAAAUCUUUAAGAUCACAGCUCAACAACUUGAAACCUUGAAAACCAAGGUAAAGAACAGCGAUGGGAAAAGAAACUACACUAGCUAUGAGAUCUUAACUGCACAUAUAUGGCGAUGCACAUGCAAAGCACGUGGCUUAUCCGAUCAUCAACCUGCUAGGUUACGCAUAGCCAUUGAUGGUCGGUCUAGAUUGGAUCCUCCACUUCCACCUUGCUUCUUUGGAAACGUAAUCUUUUUUGCUGCACUAAUUGCCCUAUCUAGUGAGGUUCUAUCAGAGACGUUAGAGGACACAGUGGAAAGAAUUGAUAAGGAAAUAAGAAGGAUGGACAAUGAGUACCUGAGAUCGGCUAAUGACUACUUGGAAGUAUUGGAUGACCUAACGCCUAUCUUGAUAGGCGCCCAUUCUUGUCGAUGCCCAAACCUCGGCAUUAUUAGUUGGGUGCGACUGCCUUUCUAUGAUGCUGAUAUUGGAAUGGGAAAGCCCAUAUAUGUGAGGCCAGCAAAUCCACCUGAAGGCAAGGGAUACAUAUUACGAAGUCCAAGUAAUGAUGGAAGUUGGCAAUUGGCCAUAUUCCUGCAGGAAGAUCACAUGCAAUCCUUCCAAAGGUUGUUUUAUCAGUUUUGA